UAUGCCACAUCUAAACCCUUGCCUGUAAACAUACCAUCUUCCUCCACAGCAAUGACAAUGUUCUCUUCAAUGGCAAUCCAGUUGCCUUCUCCUUCUGUCCUCUUCGCCUCCCUCCUCUUCCUCUUCCUCAUUCUAAAGCAAUGGAAAAAAUCCAAUGAUGCCAAGAAAGACCCUCCUUCAAAAUUGCCGCCGGGGCCGAAGAUGCUCCCUCUUCUGGGGAACCUUCACCAGAUGACGGGGUCCCUCCCUCACCACUCGCUCCGGAACUUGGCCAGGAGGCACGGGCCGAUCAUGCGCCUCCAGCUGGGCGAGAUCCUGACCAUCGUCAUCUCGUCGGCGGACGCGGUCAAGGAAAUCCUCGGCAAGAACGAGCUCAUCUUCGCACAGAGGCCGGAGAUCACGGCCCUCGAGGUCAUGUCCUAUGAGAACUCGAGCUUCGUGUUCUCGCCCUACGGCGAGUACUGGAGGCAGAUGCGCAAGAUUUGCGUGCUGGAGCUCCUGAGCAUGAAGAGGGUCCUCUCUUUCCGAUCCAUAAGAGAGGAAGAGUGUUGGAACGUGACGAAAGCGAUACAAUCGUCUCAAGGGAAGCCUGUGAACUUGAGCAAGAUGGUACUAAACUUGAUUAAUGACAUCACCUCUAGGGCAGCGUUUGGCGAGAGGUGCAAAUACAGGGACGAGUUCCUUUCUUUCCUCAAGGAAGUGACGAUGCUUGGUGGCGGAUUCGAGCUUCCGGAUCUCUUCCCUUCGAUCUGGUUCUUGCGUUAUCUGUCGAGGAUGAAACCGGCUUGGGAGAGGUUGCACAAGAAGAUCGAUUUGAUUCUCGAUCACAUCAUUGAAGAGCACAAGGAGAAAUUGAAGGGAGACGGCGGGAACAAUGAGGAGAACAAGAAUGCAAGAGAAGAUCUGGUGGAUGUGCUCUUGAAUCUCCAGAAGAGCAGUGAAAUGAACUACUUCAUCAAGCCACAUGUCAUAAAAAAUAUUGUCAUGGAAAUAUUUUCUGCUGGGACAGACACAUCCUCGACGACCAUAGAUUGGGCCUUCUCGGAGAUGCUGAGGAACCCCCGAGUGAUGGAGAAGGCGCAGGCUGAGGUCCGAGCUGCCCUAAUGGGCAAGACCCAGGUCCGCGAGCAAGACAUCCAGGGCCUCGAGUACCUGAAGCUUGUGAUCAAGGAGACCCUGAGGAUGCACUCGCCAGGCCCGCUCAUGGCCCGAGAGUCACGCGAGGCUUGUGUGAUCAACGGCUACGAGAUCCCCGAGAAGACCAAGAUUGUGAUCAACACAUAUGCAGUGGGGAGGGACCCCGAGUUCUGGACAGACCCAGAGUCAUUUGUGCCUGAGAGGUUCCUGAACUCGUCUGUCGAUUUCAGAGGGUCGAGCUUUGAGUACAUACCCUUUGGCGGCGGGAGGAGGAUCUGUCCCGGGAUCAAUUUCGGGCUUGCGAACAUCGAGCUUCCCUUGGCUCAGCUCCUGUACCACUUCGACUGGUCCCUGGCUGACGGGAUUAAGGCACAGGACCUGGACAUGUCUGAGACUUUUGGGAUCUCUUCCAGGAGGAAGAAUCCCUUGAUCAUGGUUGCUGAGCCCCGUGUCCCCUUCUCGUACGAUGGAGAUCAUGUUAAGUAGUUAUCAAAUGUGUGUGUUUUGGGGGAGUACUAGGUUGGGUAAAUCUAAUUAUGUUGGUGUCUUUGUAUCUGUUUCUUAUCUGAUAUUGCAGUUUCUUAUCCAAUAAACAAGCUCAUGUGUUCAAAAA